GCCCUGUGUCAUAUCUUGAUUUUCUGGUUUGCUUUGGUAUGUUAUAGUGUGCAACUUCUACAUCAGAGGCACCAGUAUAGCUUUUCAACAUUUCCAGUCCAGUAAAGAACCAGUCUGCUGUUAACCUGGCCUCAUUAAUUCUUGGACUGCUACACGGCACCGAUACCUAAAGCUGCACAAAGGGACCCUACCUUGCACCUUACCUGAACCUUCAUCAUCAAGGACACCUAAACCAACCCCAGGCAGGGGGACCUGAAAACCAGAGAGCGCCCAGAAGAGUGUCCCCGUCCGGAACCUAACCCUGGAAUUGCGUUCCCUGUUUUGCCCUGAGUAGAUCCCAAAUAUCUUGAAAUUUCUACGGCUAGAGCUUCAAUAUGACUGAUUUAUCGAAUUUGCCUAAUAACUUUUACGAAUGGACAAAAGAUCAUGUAAAGCUAUGGGUUACUGAAAAACUGAAGCUUGACUCUGCAGUAGCAGAUAUUCUGUUCAAUGAAGAUGUGACUGGGAACAUCCUAAAAGACUUAACCAAAGAAGACUUCCGCGAUAUGGGAAUAAAAAAAGGACCUGCCUCUUCAAUAGUUAAUAACUUGAAAGCACUGACUGCACAAGCUAAGGUCGUUGUCCAAAACUGUCCAAGGAAUAUAAGUGGGCAACAGCAGACUCAUACUGUCAGACCACCUGUAGAUAAAACAGACACAAAUCCUGUCAAAACGGAAGAAACUUUACACAAAGAAUUAGGAAAUCCUGAAUCAAUUAGCUCUGAUCAGGUUCAGGGUUUUGUAAGAGUAACACCUCACCCUUUUGAUACUAGUAGUGGAAGCAAAUCCUAUACUAAACACCAUCUUCUACCACCUGAGUCGGGCACAUUUAAUUAUAUUGACCCAAUUCAUGAAUACAAGGAGUUUACCAACACAUCGAAAGCCACAAAAGAGGAUAAAAAAAUGAAAUUCUGCAACGAAGUGUUUAGGUUUGCAGCUGCAUGCAUGAAUGCACGUACAAAUGGCACCAUUCAUUUUGGAGUGCGGGACGACCCACAUGGUGAAAUAAUUGGUGUUCCUGGGGUCAACAGUGAAAAGUAUGUCCAGUACUUUGAUGAAAUGAUUGGCACCUACUUUGAAAAAACUAAAUUAGAGUCGGCAAGAAAAUGCAUACGUCCACCCCGUUUUGUCAGUGUGCUACACGAGCAGAACACUCGGUCUGAUUUAGUUGUUAUAGAAGUAGAUGUGGUUCCUGAGCAUGCUUACUGUAAGUCACAAAUAUUUCAUAUAUUCCAGUAUGUUUGUACAGAAAGCGUGAACAAAGUGGGCAAAGUGGACAAAAAGUGGAGAAAGAGCAAAGAAAAAUACUGUUUCCUUCGAGAAGGGGGGAGUUCCAAAGAUAUGUUAGCAAACCUACAAAAGGAUUCCAGUAUGACAUCACUUUUUUCUGACAUGGAAGCUAGGGAUAAAGAUCGAGAAAAAGCAGAAGAUGAGAGAAAAAAAAGGCAAAAGUGUAACCAAGUAGAUGGGUUUAAACUUUCUCGCUUACUAACAGGAAACCGAAACUCGUUGGAUAAUUCUUACUAUAAAUGGUACAUUUUGGUUGCUAAUAAAUGCAACGGAUCUUUUAAAAACCAUUUGGGCUUCAUCCAGGAAAUAAACUGGUUUGCUAUUCUUGAUUUUGAUCCAGAGUCACUCACAAAUGGCUUAUGUAAAGUUUACCAAGAAGAGAGGAAACCAAAUUUACAUUUUCCUCAUCAGUACCCAAAAAUAGAGAAUUUCACACAGGAAAAUAUUGAAGAACUUAAACUAUAUCAACAGCCCAGCUGGAUUUUUUGUAAUGGUAGACUUGAUCUUCAGAUCGAGGACUACCAACCACUAAAUCAUAGUACAUGGCAGGAGGAGAAAGCAGAUGAUGUCAGAAAUCUGGUUUCGAUUUUUUCCAAAAAAGACAUAAUGGAGCAAGGGAAAUUUCUUGUUGUGUUUUUAUUACUGUCUACUGUGGAAGAUCCUAUGGACCCUAUGAAUGAAGUGUUCCGUGCAUUUUUCCAGAAACUCAAAAGUAUGGCCGACAUAUUAUGUAUUUGUGGAAAUGAAGAAACUUUUCAGAGGUGGAAAGAUCUGCAAGCAAGUUUGAUGGGAAGAAGUGGGGAAGAAAUGGAAGAGAGAUGUAUUUAUAACCUUGACAUUGAAAAUUUAAAUGGGACUAUUCUUAGAUUAAAAUCUGCUACGCGGUCAGGUAGUCGCUUCUUACCAUCACAUGGUGGUUCCUCUACCAUUUUACAGAGGAAGGAUGAAGACCUCAUGACAUCUUUAGAUAUUCUUUGUGUAAAUGAAUGUCAGGAUACAGAGAUAGAAAGUAAUACUUCGGCAUUUAAUGAAUUUUUGAAGACUCAUGAGGAGCAUUUUUACAGAGGAGGGAAAGCAACUUGGUGGAAUUUCUAUUUUUCAGCCAAGCAAUACACUGGACCAUUUAUUAGAAGAGAUGUCCAUGAAAAACUGAAAGAACAGGUAGAAUCGUGGUCUAAAUGUGAGAAACAAAGAAGUGUAAAAAUAAUUACCUUGUUUCAUCACCCUGGAUGUGGAGGUACCACAACAGCAAUGAAUGUCCUCUGGGAGCUGCGAGAAACGUUCCGCUGUGCCGUAUUAAACAGAAAGACUGAUAAUCUUUCAGAUGUUGCAAAAGAGGUGGUCAGUCUUGCAGUUCAUGGAUCACCUAGUGGCAAGGACGGUUACCCCGUCUUACUCUUAGUAGAUGAUUAUAACGAUGAGGAAAGUGCGUCUAUUUUACAGAAUAAUAUCCAGUCAGCAAUUGCAGAACGAUAUAUAAGAUUUGAGACGCCAGUCGUGAUCAUAUUAAAUUGUGUGAGAUCUCAGAACCCUGAGGAAAGCGCAAAAUCCAAUUGCACAAGCAGUGUUGCUUUAACGUAUAAACUUUCUGAAGUGGAAAAAAGAGCAUUUGCAACAAAAUUAAAAGAAAUGGAAAUGCAACAUGAAAACCCAGAUAAUUUCUACUCCUUUAUGAUCAUGAAAAACAAUUUCGAGAAGUCCUAUAUUGAAACUACAGUGCGAAAUACUCUAAAAGGCUUAAACAGUGCGAGCAAGACAGCCCAGCUCAUUUCCUUCCUUGCCCUUCUAAAUAAAUAUGUGCCAGAUUCAACAAUUUCUGCAUCUAUGUGUGAGGAGUUUCUUGGUAUAACAGCAAAAAAAACAUACUGGCGACCGGAGAGCAUUGAAGAUACCGUAGGCUCUUACUCUACGAUAUUAAUUCGCACAGAAGUGGAAGAAUGUGGGAGAUAUGAAGGACUGCGUAUAAUCCAUCCUCUGAUUGCAGAUCAAUGUAUAGAGGAGUUAAAGAGCACAUAUGACAUACAGCAAAGUAGGAUCAUGUUGAAUAUGUUGCAAACCAAUGUAUUCCAUGAUACUGGAAUUGGCAGAGAAUUUUUAAUACAAAAUAUGCAAAGUAUGCUGGUCACAAGAUAUCGGAAGGAACAUGGAGCUGAAACCAAUACUUUGUUUUCCCCUUUAAUUGAGGACAUACAGAAGACUGAGGGAAGCUCACUAGUUGAACAUGUUCUAAAAGAAGGCACAAUGCGAUUUAACAAGAACCCUGUUAUCUGCCAAGCAUUAGCAAGGCACUUUUACAUUAGAGACAAGAACUACACUGAUGCCUUCGUGUGGGCAGAAAAGGCAGUAAGCGUUGCACCUACAAAUUCCUUUAUUUUAGACACUUUAGGUCAGAUCUACAAGAACAAGUUAAAAGACAUGAUGGACUCAAUAAACAAAGACAAUCCCAUAUCACCAGAACAACUUGACAACCUACUAAAAAAUGCCUAUAGUGCAUCAAAGACCUUCGAGGAGUGUCAAGAACAAACUGAAAAGACAGAAAUAGAAAGAUCUGAAUUUGAGAAGUCUAAAGGUAGACAUUACAGUGUGUACAACACAGCAGGGUAUCUGGGCCAGAUUGAAGUUUGCCUGUACACAGUAGAGAUUCUUCUGUAUCUACCAUGGUUCAACUCGAAAGACAGCCUGUCUCGUAAACACCUGACACAGUACUUGUCUGGUAAGUGGGAUAUUUCAAUAGACAAUGCUAGCGAAGCUUAUGAGGAGUUCCUUAGUGUUCUCAGAGACCAUAGACCAUUUUUAAUAAAACUAAAAUCUUGUUUAAAAAAUGCUUUUGACUUCUUCCAAGAUUAUUACGUGUACAUGAAGCUAAAGAAUGUUAAUAAGGAAAGCACAGAGUUUAAAAUCCGUGUCAGAGUCUCUGACUAUCGUAAAAAAUACAACCGUUAUUUCUAUGAUCAUGAUUUAAUGCAGAUUACCAACGAAGAAGACCAAAGAAAGAAGAGCCCUCUACUACGUAAAGAAGAGUACAGGGCAGGUUUGGAAAAAUACAAAGCAGAUAGGUUCUCAGGAAUCUUAGAAUAUCUUACAGAUCAUGAAAUGGAUGUUAAAAAGAUGGAAAGCAUUGUCAAAACAUACAAUUAUUUGCUAGAGAACUCCACAUAUGACUCACAAAUUCUUCUCAGAGACAAACAAAAUUUCAUCUUAGCAAAUAUCGUACUUCAUUGCAUUUCUCCAAAAUCUACCGAGAUUAAACCAGUGGAAACCCUGGAAAAGCAUCUUAAAGAGAUAAUGAAUAACAUUGGGCUUGAUCACAAAUACCCAGAACCCUAUUUCUUGGCCUCAUUACUUUUCUGGCCACAAAACCCUCAGAAACUGGAUUCCACUUCUAAGCUCAUAGCCGAGUAUGUCAUCUCUAUGAAAAAGUCUUUCAGAGGCAAAUAUAGGCACAUGUACCGUGCCAAGCAACCUUUAGCACAUUUCUAUCUCGGUAAAAAUUCUGGUUUAAAAAGGAUAAUUCACAAAGGAAAAAUAGAUCAAUACUUCUCUGAUGUACCAGUAUCAGAUCUAAAUGCUCUCUGGAUGAAUGGAGACAUCUGGAAAGAGGCACCGAUUAAAGAUCUCCUCCUCCGUGUAAAUGGCAGAACUGAAGAAGACGACAAGAUCUAUGUGGAGUGCAGCAAUAAAAUCAGUAUUCCAGUUCGCCCUGUUUAUCUCGGGCAGCUUAGAAGUGGCAGAAGUAUUGAGCGAGUGACUUUCUACUUGGGAUUCUCCCUAGAUGGACUAAUUGCUUACGACAUAGAAAUCAUGAAAUAAUAUGUUGGAUUGCUUGUUCUUUUUUCCAGUUCACCAGAAGAGCCCCUUGAACUUCUAAGAGUAUAAUCACCUACAGUUUGUGUUUCAUAAGUGCUCAAGUAACAUCUUUUGCAGUUAAAUUUUAUUAGAGUCUAUAGAGAAAAA